AUGUUCAUUGUCAAGAGUGAUGAUCAUCAAUGUAUAUUAGAAUAUAAAACUUUGGAUGAAUUACCAACAUUUCCAUAUUACCCUACCAAACCAUUUAGUAUAAUCUUGGAUAUUUCUGUAAAUGGAUAUUUAUUAAAAGAAAGUGUGUACCACCCUUUUUUGAAGGAAUUUGGAAAAAGUUUCAACAAAUUUAUGAGUAACAGGUAUUACAAAACUAAAUUGAGCUAUGAUAAGGAUGGUCAUUCCAUAGUACUUCAAUGUACUUGCAAAAUCAAAAAUGAGAGUUCCAUGAAAUUGAGAUUUGUGGUAAAUGAAUUUGAAGGUACUAUUUUAAAGUUCAACAUCAGGAGCAAUUCAACAAUUAGUUUUCCAGGUAUCAAAAAAUCUUUAAAUUUAUUGCUUUCAAGAUGGAUUAUUUUAGAGGAUUACUUUUACCCUUUAAUUUACCUGGUCAAAGCUAGACAACAACUUAAAGAAUGUAUUGAUUUAUCCAAUAAUUUUUUACGUGAUAGUUACAAUCUUCCAACUUUAUUUGGGAACUAUUAUGCUGAUACUAUAAAUUCAGACAAUGGAAAUGAAACUCAAACAACUGGUACUCAAGCUAUUGGAACUCAGGCAAUUGGAACUCAAAAUUCAGAAGAAGUAGAAGAAGAUUAUUAUGUGGCUGAAAUUUUUGUUGAAGAGGAUAUAUUUGAUGGUGAUGAAACAGAUAAUGGAAUUAGCAUGGAUGAUGAUGAAGAUGACGCAGAUUCUGAACGUGGUGCUGAAGUUCCUAAUGAUGCCAAGAUUGUUCACUUAGGUCAAGAUCGUAAUUUAAGUUUACAAGAUGUUCAAACAAAUUAUGCAAUUAUCAUUAAUCAAUUGCAAGAAAUUGCUAUUUAUGUUGAUUCGAAUCCUCAGUCUUUGGCUGAAGAAUUCAUUUUUGGUCGCUCUUUGCUAAAGGAUGUCGUGGAAAAUCAUCAAAGUUCAGGUUGUUUGAUCAAUUCAAUUAAAACUCAUAGAAUUUUCAUAGCUGCUCAAACCGCAGCAAAAAUGAAGCUUUUGAUAGUUUUGGAGUAA